AUGCAAAAGCUAAAUCCAACUCCCCCCUCCCCGCCUCAGCCCCUCCUUGAAGUUAAAAACUUUUGGCUCAAGAAUGCGGUAGGGUUGUCCUCCUGCUACUCCCACUCCUCCUGCACCCCUUCCUCCGCCGCAAGGCCCUCCCCCUGCUCAAUUUGGAUUAGGCUGUACCUUUUCUUCACUCCUUCAAGGGUGAGGGUUUUAUUCCCUUCUUUUCUGCCCAGAUCUCCACUAAACAAAGGAGCUCUGGGCACAUCACCAGUUCCAGGACGUAAAGAAAGCAAACAGCAGGAAGACACCUUGGCAUUUAAGGGCUAUUGUGAAAAUCCAUCUUCCACCAAGGCAGCAGGGACCCUCCAGCUGGAAGAAGAUUUCAGAGCAGCCAGGAAUCGUGGAAUCUGUGCCAUCAUGGGGGUAUUGUGGCUGGCCAGGUUCAUACUGGGAUGUACAGCAAUUUUGUAUUUGAAACAAGCCCGGGGUCAAUAUGAAGGGGACUUGCAGACAGACAGAUUUGCAGGCUAUGAGGAAAGACAGCCAGCACACAGAGUGAGAAGAAGAGGCCAAGACACUUUACGAGGACCCAAUGUCUGUGGCUCAAGGUUCCACUCCUACUGCUGUCCCGGCUGGAAAACGCUGCCUGGAGGGAACCAGUGCAUUGUCCCAAUUUGCAGGAAUUCUUGUGGUGAUGGAUUUUGUUCACGGCCAAACAUGUGCACAUGCUCCAAUGGACAACUCUCUCCCAACUGUGGCUCAGCUGGAGUCCAAACCUGCAAUGUCAGAUGCAUGAAUGGUGGAAGCUGCAAUGAGGAAUCUUGCCUCUGCCAGAAAGGUUACACCGGAACAUACUGUGGUCAGCCUGUCUGUGAGAAUAGCUGUCAGAAUGGAGGUCGCUGCAUUGGACCAAAUCGUUGUGCUUGUGUUUAUGGAUUUACUGGCCCCCAGUGUGAGAGAGACUAUCGUACUGGUCCCUGCUUUAGCCAAGUAAAUAACCAGAUGUGUCAAGGCCAGCUAACUGGAAUAGUUUGCACGAAAACCCUCUGUUGUGCAACCAUUGGGCGUGCAUGGGGUCACCCCUGUGAAAUGUGUCCUGCCCAGCCUCAGCCGUGUCGUCGAGGUUUCAUUCCCAACAUUCGUACUGGAGCUUGCCAAGAUGUGGAUGAAUGUCAAGCCAUUCCUGGACUCUGCCAGGGUGGUAACUGCAUCAACACAGUGGGUUCUUAUGAGUGCAAAUGCCCUGCAGGACACAAGCAGAGUGAGACCAGCCACAGAUGUGAAGAUGUGGAUGAGUGUGGCACAAUCUCCGGCGUGUGUGAUGGUGGAGAGUGUACCAACACAGCAGGCAGCUACGUGUGCACAUGUCCACGUGGUUUCAUGACCAGCCACGAUGGGUCCCGCUGCAUUGACCAACGGGUCGGGACAUGUUUCUCUGCUCUGAUUGGGGGCCGCUGUGCUGGGGACCUCCCUGGCCAAUACACCAAGAUGCAGUGCUGCUGUGACUCAGGACGUUGCUGGGCCAUUGGUCAGACUCCAGAAAUGUGCCCUGUCCGGGGGUCCGAUGAGUACCGCAGGCUUUGCAUCGAAGGACUCCCAGUCGUGCCAGGGUUCCCUGGGAACUUUCCAGGAAUUCCUGGAUUUGGGCCCAAUGGUGUUGGGCCAGGACUUAACGGCCCUGGAGGCAUCGGACCAAAUGGGGCAAAUGGACAAGGCGGAAUCCCAGGCCUGCCUGGAAUGGGCCCGGGAAGUUCAAGCAUUGGAACUGCAACUUUAAAUCAGACCAUUGACAUAUGCAAGCAUUUCACUAAUCUGUGCCUGAAUGGACGCUGUAUCCCCACCCCAUCCAGCUACCGCUGUGAGUGCAACAUGGGCUAUAAGCAGGAUGUGCGUGGAGAGUGUAUUGAUGUAGAUGAGUGCUCCAGCAGCCCCUGUGUGCAUGGUGACUGUGUGAACACACCUGGCUCCUAUCACUGCAAGUGCCAUGAAGGAUUCCAGAGCACCCCAACAAAACAAGCUUGCAUAGAUAUUGAUGAGUGCAUCAUGAAUGGAGUAAUGUGUAGAAAUGGACGCUGUGUUAAUACUGAUGGUAGCUUCCAGUGUAUCUGCAAUGCUGGCUUUGAAAUCACCCCUGAUGGCAAGAAUUGUGUUGAUCAUGAUGAAUGUGCCACAACCAACAUGUGCCUCAAUGGAAUGUGUAUCAAUGAGGAUGGCAGCUUCAAAUGUAUCUGCAAGCCAGGUUUUGUGCUGGCUCCCAACGGGCGCUACUGUGUUGACAUUGAUGAGUGUGAGACACCAGGAAUCUGUAUGAAUGGCUGGUGCAUUAACACAGAGGGCUCCUUCCGAUGUGAAUGCCUUGGAGGCCUGGCUAUUGGGGUGGAUGGACGGGUCUGUGUGGACACCCACAUGCGCAGCACCUGUUAUGGAGGCAUUAAAAAAGGCACAUGUGCCCGUCCCUUUCCAGGGGCAGUCACCAAGUCUGAGUGCUGCUGUGCGAACCCAGAUCAUGGCUUUGGAGAGCCCUGCCAACCCUGCCCUGCCAAAAACUCUGCUGAAUUCCAGGCACUCUGCAGUAGUGGCAUUGGAAUAACAGCUGAUGGCAGAGACAUCAAUGAGUGUGCCCUCAACCCUGACAUCUGCCCCAAUGGCAUGUGUGAGAACCUGCGGGGGAGCUACCGCUGCAUCUGCAACCUGGGCUAUGAGUCCGACCCCACGGGCAAGAAUUGUGUGGAUGUUGAUGAAUGCACUGUCAACCGUCUGCUGUGUGACAAUGGGCUGUGCCGCAACACACCUGGCAGCUACACCUGCACCUGCCCCAAGGGAUUUGUCUUCAGGACUGAAACAGAUACCUGUGAAGAUAUCAAUGAGUGCAACUCUAACCCUUGUGUGAACGGUGUCUGCAGGAACAAUGCUGGCUCCUUUGCUUGUGAGUGUUCCCCAGGCAGCAAGCUGGAUCCCAGCGGCACCAUCUGCGUGGACAGCAUGAAAGGGACAUGCUGGCUGAACAUCCAGGAUGGACGUUGUGAGGUGAACAUCAAUGGGGCCACACUGAAAUCAGAGUGCUGUGCUACACUGGGAGCAGCAUGGGGAAGCCCCUGCGAGCGCUGUGAGAUUGAUACUGCCUGUCCCCGGGGCUAUGCCAGGAUGAAGGGGGUUACAUGUGAAGAUGUAAAUGAAUGUGAUGUCUUUCCUGGUGUCUGCCCAAAUGGUCGCUGUGUGAACACAGCUGGCUCCUUUCGGUGUGAGUGUCCAGAAGGACUGACCCUCGAUGGCACUGCUAGGACAUGUGUGGAUGUGCGUGUGGAACAGUGCUACAUGAAGUGGGAUGAAGAUGAGUGCACAGAGCCUCUGCCGGGCAAGUACCGGAUCGACAUGUGCUGCUGUUCUGUGGGCUCAGCCUGGGGCAUCGAUUGUGAAGAGUGUCCUAAGGUUGGCUCUAGUGAGUACAAGGCCAUCUGCCCAAGGGGACCUGGAUUUGCCAACCGAGGGGAUGUGCUUUCAGGCAGGCCCUUCUAUAAAGAUGUGAAUGAAUGUAAAGUCUUCUCUGGCCUGUGCACUCAUGGGACUUGUCGAAACACCAUUGGCAGCUUCAGAUGUAUCUGUGGCAAUGGUUUUGCUCUGGAUGCUGAAGAAAGGAACUGCACAGAUAUCGAUGAGUGCCGCAUCUCACCAGACCUGUGUGGUCAUGGUACCUGUGUCAACACUCCUGGAAGCUUUGAGUGUGAGUGCUUUGAAGGCUAUGAAAGUGGGUUUAUGAUGAUGAAGAACUGCAUGGAUAUCAAUGAGUGUGAGCGAGACCCACUGCUGUGCCGAGGUGGGAUCUGCAUGAACACAGAUGGCAGCUUUGAAUGCAUCUGCCCCCCUGGACAUGAGCUGACUUCUGAAGGGAACACUUGCAUAGAUAUCAAUGAAUGCUCCCUCAGUGACAAUCUGUGUCGCAACGGACGCUGUGUCAAUGUCAUUGGGACCUACCAGUGUGCGUGUGAUUCAGGCUUCCAGGCCACGCCAGACAGGCAGGGCUGUGUCGACAUUGAUGAGUGCACCAUAACCAAUGGUGGCUGUGACACACAUUGCUCCAACUCGGAGGGCAGCUAUGAGUGCAGCUGCAGUGAAGGCUAUGCAUUGAUGCCCGACAAGAGAUCAUGUGCAGAUAUUGAUGAAUGUGAGGAUAAUCCAGACAUCUGUGAUGGCGGGCAAUGUACAAACAUCCCUGGGGAAUAUCGCUGCCUCUGCUUUGAUGGCUUCAUGGCAUCCCUGGACAUGAAGACCUGCAUUGAUGUGAAUGAAUGUGAUCUUAACCCUAACAUCUGCCUGCACGGCGAGUGUGAAAACACAAAGGGCUCCUUCAUCUGUCACUGCCAGCUGGGCUACUUUGUCAAGAAGGGAACCACGGGCUGCACAGACAUUGAUGAAUGUGAGAUUGGGGCUCACAACUGUGACAUGCAUGCCUCCUGUAUCAACGUGCCUGGGAGCUUCAAGUGCAAGUGUCGCACAGGCUGGCUUGGAGAUGGGCUGAAGUGCAAUGACUUGGACGAGUGCGCAACAGAAGAGCACAAGUGCAACCUGAAUGCUAACUGCAUCAACACACCAGGCUCCUACCGCUGUGCCUGCAGAGAAGGCUUCAAUGGAGAUGGCUUCUCUUGCUCAGAUGUGGAUGAGUGUGCAGACAAUGUGAACCUGUGUGAGAAUGGACAAUGUCUCAAUGCACCUGGGGGUUACCGCUGUGAGUGUGAGAUGGGCUUCAAUCCUACAGAGGACAGCAAGGCCUGUCAGGACAUUGAUGAAUGCUCCUUCCAGAAUAUAUGUGUAUUUGGUACCUGCCAGAACCUGCCUGGCAUGUUCCGUUGUGCCUGUGAUGAUGGCUACGAACUGGACAGAAGUGGAGGCAACUGCACAGACAUCAAUGAAUGUGCAGACCCUGUGAACUGUAUCAACGGCCUGUGUGUCAACACUCCUGGAAGCUACCUGUGCAACUGUCCACAAGACUUUGAGUUGAACCCCACUGGUGUGGGCUGUGUGGAUACCCGUGUUGGGAACUGCUUCCUGGACACCCAGGAUCGUGGAGAUGGGGGGAUUUCCUGCAGUGCAGAAAUAGGAGUUGGAGUCAGUCGGGCAUCCUGCUGCUGCUCACUGGGUCGUGCAUGGGGCAACCCCUGCGAGCUUUGUCCUCCAGCCAACACGACUGAGUACAAGACCCUGUGCCCAGGAGGAGAAGGUUUCCGGCCCAACCCUAUCACUGUCAUCCUGGAAGAUAUUGACGAGUGCCAGGAGCUGCCAGGUCUCUGCCAAGGUGGCAACUGUGUGAACACUUUUGGCAGCUUCCAGUGUGAGUGCCCCCUUGGCUACUACCUCAACGAGGACACACGGAUCUGUGAAGAUAUUGAUGAGUGCUCUGCUCACAUUGGGAUCUGUGGCCCUGGGACCUGUUACAACACCCUCGGCAACUACACCUGCAUGUGCCCUCCUGAAUACAUGCAAGUCAAUGGAGGAAACAACUGUAUGGAUAUGAGGAAGAGUGUGUGCUAUCGCAACUACAAUGACACAUGUGAGAAUGAGCUCUCCUUCAACAUGACCAAGAAGAUGUGCUGCUGCUCCUACAACAUUGGCAAAGCCUGGAACAAACCGUGUGAACCCUGCCCUACUCCAGCCAGCCCCGAGUACCAGAUCCUGUGUGGGAACCAGGCCCCUGGCUUUAUCAUCGACAUCCACACAGGGAAGCCCAUUGAUAUUGAUGAGUGCAGUGAGAUCCCUGCAAUCUGUACCAAUGGUGUCUGCAUCAACCAGAUUGGCAGCUUCCGGUGCGAGUGCCCUAUUGGAUUCAGCUACAACAACAUACUGCUCAUCUGUGAAGACAUUGAUGAAUGCAGCAGUGGAGAAAACCUCUGCCAGCGCAAUGCUGACUGCAUCAACAUCCCAGGCAGCUACAGGUGCGAAUGCUCAACUGGAUACAAGCUGUCACCUAGUGGAGCCUGCGUGGGUCGCAACGAAUGCCAGGAAAUCCCCAACGUCUGCAGCCACGGGGACUGUGUUGACACUGAAGGCAGCUACAUCUGCAUCUGUCACAAUGGCUUCAAGGCCACCGGGGAGCAGACCAUGUGCAUGGAUAUUGAUGAAUGUGAUCGACAGCCCUGUGGAAAUGGGACCUGUAAGAACACAGUUGGGUCCUACAACUGUCUGUGCUUCCCUGGCUUUGAGCUUACACACAAUAAUGACUGCAUGGACAUUGAUGAGUGCUCAUCCAUGGUGGGGCAGGUGUGUCGAAAUGGCCAAUGCAUCAACAGCAUCGGCUCCUUUCAGUGCCUGUGCCAAGAGGGCUAUGACCGGACUCCUGAUGGGAAGAACUGUGUAGACAUCAACGAGUGCGUGAGCCUGCCUGGGACCUGCUCCCCAGGCACUUGCCAGAACCUGGAGGGCUCCUUCCGCUGUAUUUGCCCCCCUGGGUAUGAAGUGCAGAACGACAAUUGCAUUGAUAUCAAUGAAUGUGAAGAGGAGCCCAACAUCUGUCUCUUUGGGACAUGCACCAAUACUCCUGGCAGCUUCCAGUGUGUCUGCCCCCCAGGCUUUGUGCUGUCUGACAAUGGCCGGCGGUGCUUUGAUACUCGCCAAAGCUUCUGCUUCACUCGCUUUGACAAUGGGAAGUGCUCUGUCCCCAAGGCCUUCAACACUACCAAGGCUCGGUGCUGCUGCAGCAAGAUGCCAGGAGAAGGCUGGGGAGACCCGUGUGAGCUGUGCCCACAAGAAGGAAAUGUUGCCUUCCAGGAGCUGUGUCCAUAUGGCCACGGAGCCAUCCCAGGUCCAGGUGACACCCGAGAAGAUGUGAAUGAAUGCUCAGAGAACCUGGGUGUCUGUAUCAACGGGGCCUGCAUUAAUACUGAUGGUUCCUUCCGCUGCGAGUGCCCCUUUGGGUACAACCUCGACUACACGGGAGUCAACUGUGUGGAUACAGAUGAAUGCUCCAUUGGCAACCCCUGUGGGAAUGGUACCUGCACCAACGUGGUGGGAGGUUUUGAAUGUGUCUGUGAUGAGGGCUUUGAGCCAGGGCCCAUGAUGACAUGUGAAGAUAUUAAUGAGUGUGCAUCAAAUCCUUUGCUUUGUGCAUUCCGCUGCAUCAACACUUUUGGCUCCUAUGAGUGCACAUGUCCAUCUGGGUAUGCCCUCCGAGACGACAGAAGAAUGUGCAGAGAUCUGGAUGAGUGUGCAGAGGGUCUGCACGACUGCGAGUCUCGAGGAAUGCUGUGCAAGAAUCUCAUCGGCACCUUCCUGUGUAUCUGCCCACCAGGAAUGCAGCGCAGACCUGAUGGAGAGGGCUGCACAGAUGAAAAUGAGUGCCGCACCAAGCCUGGAAUCUGCCCCAAUGGCCGCUGCAUCAACACGGUGGGAAGUUACCGCUGUGAUUGCAAUGAAGGUUUUGAAGUCAGUCCCUCUGGCACAGAGUGUAUCGACACCCGCCAAGGCUUCUGCUUCACUGAAGUUCUACAGACAAUGUGUCAGAUGGCCUCAAGCAGCCGGAAUCUUGUCACUAAAUCUGAGUGCUGCUGCAACAGUGGGCGCAGUUGGGGACCCCAGUGUGAGCUCUGCCCCCUUCUUGGAACUGCCCAGUACAAGAAAAUGUGUCCUCAUGGUCCAGGGUACUCCACUGAUGGGAGAGAUAUUGAUGAGUGCAAGGUACUGCCCAACCUCUGCAAGAAUGGACAGUGCAUCAACAGCAUCGGCUCCUUCCGCUGCCACUGCAAGCUGGGCUACACAGCAGAUAUCACGGGCACAGCCUGUGUGGAUCUGGAUGAGUGUAACCAGUCCCCUAAGCCAUGUAACUUCAUCUGCAAGAACACAGAGGGCAGCUACCAGUGCUCGUGCCCACGAGGAUACAUUCUGCAAGAAGAUGGAAAGAUUUGCAAAGAUCUUGAUGAAUGUGCAACAAAGCAGCACAACUGCCAGUUCCUUUGUGUCAACACUAUUGGGGGUUUUACUUGUAAAUGUCCUCCUGGAUUCACUCAGCACCACUCAUCCUGCAUUGACAAUAAUGAGUGCACAGCUCAGCCCUCUCUGUGUGGAGCCAAAGGGCAGUGUCUGAACACACCAGGAAGCUACAACUGUGAAUGUCAGAAGGGAUUCUCCCUGGACAGCUCUGGUGUCAAUUGUGAAGAUGUAGAUGAGUGUGAUGGAAACCAUCGGUGCCAGCAUGGCUGCCAAAACAUGCUUGGGGGAUACAGAUGUGGCUGCCCACAAGGAUAUAUUCAGCAUUACCAGUGGAAUCAGUGUGUGGAUGAAAAUGAGUGCUCCAGCCCAACUGCCUGUGGCUCUGCCUCCUGCUACAACACUCUGGGAAGUUUCAAGUGUGUCUGUCCGUCUGGUUUUGACUUUGACCAAGCCUUUGGGGGGUGCCAGGAUGUGGAUGAAUGCUCAGCUGGUGGCAGCCCCUGUAGUUAUGGCUGCUCCAAUACAGAUGGAGGUUACCUCUGUGGCUGUCCUGGAGGCUACUUCCGAGCAGGACAAGGACACUGUAUUUCUGGCUUGGGCUUUGGGAAAGGGUCCUACCUUCCUGCCCCUCAAGAAGAGGAUGAAGACAAUCUGCUCUCCCCUGAAACCUGCUAUGAGUGCAAGAUAAAUGGGUACCCCAAGAGGGGCCGACAGCGACGCAGUGUCAAUGGCACUGAGAGGCAUGAGGAUCACACUGUGAAUUUGGCCAGCAUGGAUGUGGAGGCUCCUCUGUCCAUGACGCUGAACCUCUCUGACCUGGCACACAACGAGCACAUCCUGGAGCUUCUGCCAGCUGUGGAACCCCUGGAGAACCGUGUGCGGUACCUCAUCUCCCAUGGGAAUGAGGAUGGCUACUUCCGCAUCCACCAAAAAGAAGGGCUCAGCUUCCUGCACCUUGGCCGCAAGAAAAUAGUGCCUGGCACCUACCUGCUGGAAAUCAUGAGCGUGCCCCUGUACCGCAAGAGGGAACUGCAGAAACUAGAGGCCAAGAAUGACCUCAACUACUUAGCAGGGGAGCUGGGCCAAGCACUGAGGAUGAAGCUCCAGCUCCAGCUCUACUAACAGCUGUGAGACCCACCCACCCAAUCGACAGUACAGUCCUUAGCCUUGCCAUCCCUACCUGGAAACAACUGCCUCUUCUCUUGCUGCACUCACUGCCACCACCUCCCCCACUGCACUGCACAACUGAUGGGAAAUGUCCCCGUGGGCUCAGCACUCACCUGGGCCAUGCAGGGGUAUUCCAUUCCAUGGGGUGCUUGGCUCAAAACCAAGCCACACUACAAAUGAGCUCAUGCAAGCUUUGUCAAAGUUUCUGCUGUGUUAGCAGGGGCAUCAUCCCUGCGCUCAGCUCCUUCUGUCUCCUUUAAACAAGGUGCUGUUGAUCUGAGCUGGCAGAGGCAGCACCAUGGGAAGGUUCCGGUCCUUCACGCUCACAGCCCAUACACCACCCCACCUCUCAGUAAAUGGGAGAGGAUCUGGGGGUGGCUUUGGUAAGUGCCUUUCCUAACAGUUUUUUUCCUCCUUUGAUUCUAGAUUCUACAUUGUCAUAUUGGUGCUGCACAAGAGCCCUACCUACACUGGCUCCUAUGUCUCUCUGUCCUCUCCAUGUCUUCUGGUCCAUUUGGGUUGCUCACUAGUGAGUGAAGGGGCAGCUCAGGCUGCAGACCUCGUGUUGUGAAGCAUCCAGCCCAAAGGACCAGAUCUCUUGCAGGGAACGUAGGGUUUUUGCACUGCAGUGUGCUCAACAGUGCAUUCCCUCCAAAAAUUGGUGCUGGAAGGGGUUCUAUAGAGCUCCAGCAAGCCAGGGGUGAAUGUGUCCUUACAGAAGUGAAUAGGAGCUCUGGGGAAAAGCAAAUAAUUGCACUGGUUAAUGCAAAUGAACAAACUAAACUGGAAGGGAACAUUAGCAGCCUGGUUCAGAGCAUCUAUCCUUCCGUUGCCGGUGGAGAUGGAAAACUUGGUGUGCAUGUAUGGCACACCACAGGGGCAGACUUGCUGGCCACAACUGGUGAGUGGUUUAAAAUCUUAUAAAAACUCCUGCCAGCAGGAGCAGGUGGGGGGGGGAGGGUGGGCUCUGCAGCGUGGGGCAGGGACAGCCCAGCCCUCGUGGUUGGCCCCUGACCCUGUGCUGCCCAUCUGUGUGAACUGGGGUGCUGAUUGCCCACAGUCAGUAGUGGAAAUGGAAGCUGAAAGGCACUGCCCUCAUUACUGCCUGCACCUUGGUGACAGCUGAAAGACAUCCCAGUUAGUGCAGACAGAUGAAAUGCACUCCAAAGAACCUGGAAGGUACAAGUGAAGUGAAAGGAGCUCUCUCCGCUGCCUCCCUUGGCCUUGUGGGCUGCUCUGUCUGGGUGGGUUUCUCCCCUAUCUUGGGGUGGUCCUUCACACAGCGCUCCUCAGUGCCAUGGCCUCAUUCUGUAGGAAUCUGUUCUCACUUCUGUAUCAACAUUGUGCCUUGUCAAAGGCAAGACAGGUGCUAACUCACUCUGGUGACACACAGAACUACCUGACAACAAACCAAAGGUGCUUUCAGAAGCUGGUGCUGGUAUGGAACUGUCAGUGUUAGUGCACUGUAUCCAUCCACCUUUCUGUAUUUAUGUGUAACCACCGCAGCCUGAUGGCUGGGUGGUGUGAGGAGUGCACAUUCUGUAACUUUUGUUUUGUAUUUGGGGGUGGGGUGGUUGUUUUCUCCUGGUACGCUUCCCCUGCACAGAGUGGGGAGCUGUACAUAUACUGUAUUUGGGCUAACGUCAAACUUGAAAACUCUUUUCGUAUAAUGCAGCUCCAGACUCUGGUUUUGCAAGAGUUCCAGAGCUUGUGACAGGAUGGGUGGCCUGAUGUUUGUUUUUAUUAUUAUUAUUAUUAUUAUUAUUGGUUUGGUUUGGUUUGGUUUUCCCAACAGGUGCUUUAAAAAAACAAAAAACAAAAAAACAACCAAAAAAAAAAACCAACACAACAAACUAUUAAUAAAUGAGCAGAGAUGGGUUUGUGUGUGUGUGUUGAGCCAAAGCGAUCACAUGAAGAAGCUCAAGGUUUCCUUAAUUCCUCUCUGGUUUGGUGUUUUUUUGUAUUGCCAUUUCUUGCUGGAUAUUUUUGGGAAGCAUUGAAACUGAACCCUGUGUCCUUGUCCCUCAGAGAGAAAUGGCUCUUUGUGGGAUUCCUUUUUUUUUUGUAUCGGAAGCAACAGCAACAAUAAAAUUAUUUUGGGUUAA